CCGAGUUCCAGCCAGGUCGUCGUCGCUCUUUCAGCAUGUCUGCCCUUUCCAGUCGUUUCCAGCUCACCUUCCUUUUCGUCCUCCUGGCCUCCUCCUCAGCUCUCGCCCACUCUGGCGCGCACGAGCACAAGCGGCUCGAAAACGGCCGUCGCCACGCUGCGGUCAACAUCGCUCCGCGCAACGAUACCCACCAGUUCGAGAAGCGGUUUGACAACGCCCGCUUCACCUUCUUCCCCACCGGCCAGAACGCGUGCGGCUCCUUCGACCACGACAGCGACUUCAUUGUCGCGCUCAACACCCAUCAAUGGGAUGGCGGCUCCAACUGCUACAGCAAAAUCACCAUCGACUACCAGGGCAAGUCCACCGGUGCCAUGAUCACGGACGAGUGCAUGGAGUGCCCGUUCGGCGCGAUCGACCUCUCCCCGAGCCUCUUCUCAUUCCUCGCGGGCAGCACUGACCCGGGCCAGAUCUACGGCGCGUGGAACUUCGGUGGCGGCGCGGCGCCCACCGUCACGACGAUGCCGCCGAAGCCCACCACGACCACGCACCAGCAGCCGACGAGCUCCCCGCCGCCUCCCCCGCCGGCGCCCACUACGUCGUCGACGCACAAGACGUCGCACCGCACGAGCACGAGCACCUCGACGCACACGAGCAGCGCGACGUCGUCCAGCGCGGCGCCGACUACCACGAGCACGCCCCCGCCGACGAGCACGAGCACGAGCUCGAGCGUGGAGCCGACGACGACCGUCGUGUCGUUCGAGACGGGCAACCUCCAGCAGUUUAGCCUCGCCAUGCUCCAGCUCGUCGGCCUCGAGAACGCUAUCUUCGCGGCGCCCAACUCCGACGCGUGAUACUCCCCUCUCCGGUUACCAUCUCAGAGUCCGUAUACGACGGUCCGAUCGCGACCGGGCGCCCUCCUCGUUUCCUGGUACCGGUCACUCACGGAUGUCUGGGCCCCCGCCGUGUUAGUAUCAUCGCAUAUAUUCCUCUACUAGGACGUAGCUAUCAUUUCCGCUUUCUCGUUGGGCUUUCGAUGUCGCUCUGGAUAUCCCGCUGACCGGGAUAGAGUUGUUGUGUCACUUGCGCCUACUAGUAUAUACCUAUGCACAUGCCCCCACAGUAGUGCCGCGGGAGUCGGGCUUGUGUGGUUUCGUAAUCCAU